AUGGCAACCAGGAGCGCACUCGAGCUGGGAACGCCCACCGGCGCACACCGUAGCGCGCAGUCGGUGCGAAGCGGCGGCGCUGGGAUGGAAAGCCCAUUGCAUCCGCAGCGUCGCUUCGUCCUACAGCAGCGCCUCCAGCCGCAGCACUGCGCACCGCGAGAGGAGGAGGAGGAGGAGGAAGAGCGGGAGGAGGAGGAGGAGCAGCGCUUCGGCGGGCGGCGCGACUCCCGCACCUGCACCUGCCACGCGCGCAAGAGCCUCGUUUGUCACGGCACUUCAGUCAUAAUCAGGACGCCGUCCGUGUCGUCUUCCCCGAGGCAAGGGUGCCGGUGUGAGCUCACGCCUUCUAGUCAUGCUAGUUCAUCCAGGCAACAUCACCGCCACCAUCACCAUCACCACCAUCACCAUCAUCAUCCGCAGCAGCCGGGAAGCCCGGUCGGCGAGCCCCGCCGCGAAAUAGCCGCCGUCGCGAUGAGCGGCUGCAGAUACAACGGCGGCGUGAUGCGGCCGCUGAGCCGUGCAGGCUCGUCGCGCCGCAACCUGCACGAGUUCGACUCGGAGUCGCAGCCGCUGCAGCCCGUGUGCGCCGUGGACACGAGGACGGAGAACCGCGCCAGCGCUCCGGUGCCGUACUCCACCGCGGACGGCGGAGGGGGAGGUGGGGGUGGUGUUGGUGGUGGAGGAGGAGGUGGUGGUGGUGGAGGCGGCAAGCAGGGCAAGAAGAAGAACCAGAACAUCGGACAGAAGCUCGGCCACCGGAGGGCCCUAUUUGAGAAACGGAAGCGCCUGAGCGACUACGCGCUGAUCUUCGGCAUGUUCGGCAUCGUGGUCAUGGUGAUAGAGACCGAGCUGUCAUGGGGAGCGUACGGCAAGGAGUCGUUGUAUUCAUUAGCUCUAAAAUGCCUGAUAAGCCUUUCUACAAUCAUCCUGCUUGGCUUAAUUAUCAUAUAUCAUGCUCGGGAGAUUCAGCUGUUUAUGGUGGACAAUGCAGCAGACGACUGGAGGAUAGCCAUGACGUACGAGCGAAUCUUCUUUAUCUGCCUGGAAAUCCUGGUUUGCGCCAUCCACCCCAUUCCAGGCAAAUACACCUUCACAUGGACAGCACGCCUGGCCUUCUAUUACACACCGUCCAAGACGGACGCCGACGUGGACAUUAUCCUGUCCAUCCCCAUGUUCCUGCGCCUCUACCUGAUCGCCCGUGUCAUGCUUCUACACAGCAAGCUGUUCACAGACGCGUCAUCACGCAGCAUCGGCGCCCUCAACAAGAUCAACUUCAACACCCGCUUUGUCAUGAAGACCCUCAUGACCAUCUGUCCCGGCACCGUGCUGCUCGUCUUCACCAUUUCCCUGUGGAUCAUCGCAGCCUGGACUGUCAGGGCAUGCGAAAGGUACCACGAUAACCAGGAUGUAACCAGCAACUUCCUAGGAGCCAUGUGGUUGAUCUCAAUCACUUUUCUAACCAUCGGCUAUGGGGACAUGGUCCCUAACACAUACUGUGGAAAGGGGGUCUGUCUCCUCACCGGGAUUAUGGGUGCCGGAUGCACUGCUUUGGUGGUGGCCGUGGUUGCAAAAAAACUGGAAUUAACCAAAGCUGAAAAACAUGUACAUAACUUUAUGAUGGACACGCAGCUGACAAAAAGAGUGAAGAACACUGCUGCAAAUGUUCUCAGGGAGACCUGGCUCAUCUACAAGAACACCAAGCUGGUGAGGAAGAUGGACCAUGCCAGAGUCAGGAAGCACCAGAGGAAAUUCCUCCAAGCCAUUCACCAAUUAAGAAGUGUUAAAAUGGAGCAACGGAAGCUGAAUGACCAAGCAAACUCUCUAGUGGACCUCGCAAAGACUCAGAACAUCAUGUAUGACCUGAUCUCGGACCUGAAUGAACGUGGUGAGGACACGGAGAAGCGCAUUGCCGUGCUUGAAACCAAGCUGGAGACAUUGCUGAGUAACCUGCAGGCUCUUCCAGGCCUCAUUAGCCAGCUAAUCAGCCAGCAGCAGCGUGACUUUCUGGAAGUGCAGCUGCAGCCAUAUGAGCGCUCGCAGUCUGUAUCUCGACGGCGCUCUUCCUCCACGGCGCCCCCUACGUCAUCAGAGAGCAGCUAGAGCACCUUGGAGAGUAGAGACCCUUCGCCAUCAUAUGGCCGAUGUGCAUCUUACUGUAAAGCCUUACGGUGUCUCA